UUGUGGAAGCUCCGACACUUACUUUGAAACCUCUUCCAUCUCAUCUUCGCUACGCUUAUUUGGGAAACUCUAAUACCUUGCCGGUUAUUAUCUCUUCAAAUUUGAAUAUGGAGGAAGAGGACAAGCUUUUAAGAGUGUUGAGGGAGCAUAAAAUGGCUUUGGGAUGGACAAUAGCGGACAUUCGGGGAAUUAGCCCCACUAUGUGCAUGCAUCGUAUUUUGAUGGAGGAGGAUUACAAGUCUUCGGUGGAACAUCAACGCCGACUCAAUCCUAAUAUGAAAGAGGUGGUGAAAGCUGAAAUUUUGAAACUUCUUGAUGCAGCAAUUAUUUACCCUAUCUCGGAUAGUUCUUGGGUAAGUCCGGUGCAAGUAGUUCCCAAAAAGGGUGGAAUCACGGUGGUGAAGAAUGAGAAGAAUGAAUUGAUUCCCACCCGAACUACUACCGGUUGGCGAGUUUGCAUUGAUUAUAGGAAGCUCAACAAUGCCACUAGGAAGGAUCACUUUCCUUUGCCCUUUAUUGAUCAAAUGCUAGAGAGGCUUGUGGGGCAUUCUUACUAUUGUUUCUUGGAUGGUUAUUCGGGGUACAAUCAAAUCCCCAUUGCUCCGGAAGAUCAAGAAAAGACUACUUUCACUUGUCCUUUUGGCACUUUUGCUUACAAAAGGAUGCCUUUCGGUUUAUGCAAUGCACCGGCCACCUUUCAACGGUGUAUGAUGAGUAUUUUCAGUGAUAUGGUGGAGCACACAAUUGAGGUGUUCAUAGAUGAAUUUUCUGUUUUUGGCUCAUCAUUUGAUGCUUGUUUGAAAAAUCUAUCCAUGGUACUUCAAAGAUGUAAAGAAACCAAUCUAGUGCUUAAUUGGGAGAAAUGCCAUUUUAUGGUGCAAGAAGGAAUAGUCUUGGGGCAUCGGAUGUCUCAAAAGGGCAUUGAAGUGGAUAGAGCUAAGAUUGAACUUAUUGAGAAACUCCCUCCACCAACUUCGGUUAAAGAGGUGCGAAGUUUCUUGGGGCAUGCGGGUUUCUAUCGGCGUUUCAUAAAGGAUUUCUCUAAAAUAACCAAACCUUUGUGUGAGCUAUUGUUGAAGGAUGUCAAGUUUCAUUUCACAAAGGAAUGCUUGGAAGCCUAUACCACUCUUAAGGAAAGGCUUACGACAGCCCCUAUUAUUACUUCUCCGGAUUGGAACAUUCCAUUUGAGCUCAUGUCCUUGCGGUACUUACUGAUGAAAAAGGAAGCCAAGCCAAGGUUGAUUCGAUGGAUUCUUCUUCUACAAAAAUUUGAUUUGGAAAUUCGAGACAAGAGGGGAUCCGAGAAUGUGGUGGCGGAUCAUUUGUCUAGAUUGUUGGAGGGCCGGGAGGAAGCCACCAUUCCUAUCAAAGAAACAUUUCCGGAUGAACAAUUACUUGCUAUUCACUCCUCUACAACUCCUUGGUAUGCUGAUUUUGUCAAUUAUUUGGCCAAGGAGAUCCUUCCUCCGGACUUAUCUCACUCACAAAGAAAAAGAUUUUUUUAUCUUGUUCGGUUCUAUUAUUGGGAGGAGCCUUUCUUGUGGAAGCAAUGUGCGGAUCAAAUUAUUCGUCGGUGUGUUCCGGAGGAAGAGAUGGAUGCCUACUCAUUUGUUCUUGCUUGUGAUGAAUGUCAACGUACGGGAAACAUUUCCAAUCGAAAUCAAAUGCCCUUGACCAAUAUUCUUGAGGUGGAACUCUUUGAUGUGUGGGGGAUAGAUUUUAUGGGGCCAUUCCCUAACUCUUCGGGCAAUUACUAUAUCCUUGUGGCGGUUGACUAUGUUUCUAAAUGGGUGGAGGCUAUGGCAUUGCCCACCAAUGAUUCCAAAGGGGUGUUGAAGUUUUUGAAGAAGAACAAUUUUACAAGAUUUGGCAAGCUCAAAUCGAGAUGGUCCGGACCUUUUGUAGUUACCGCGGUGUUUCCUCAUAGCGCCGUUGAGCUAAAGCAUGAAACUAUGGGAACUUCAUUCAAGUGUUUUGGUGCAGGUUAUGCAGAAUUGUGCAAAUAUGGACAGUGGCAAAAUCCGAUCGAUCGGAAUGGAUAUCCGAUCGAUCGGAGCGGGUAUGAUGCCUUCACUCUUCCUUCGCAUUUAAAUUUUGAGAUUGUGUGCUGCCAUAUGUUGAUAUUUCUUGAUAAUUGGAGAUUUGGGGGAGGUUGGCUGUAUGGAUUGAUUGAACAUGGAUUCGAAGUGUCUGAAUGUUUUGUUUGCUCUUAUUCCAUCAUUCUUUCUAGGAUACAAGGGAACCCAUGA